GUGAUAGUCUGAUAACAGGCCUAUAUUGUUAUAAUGAUAAACAAUAAUUUUAAUUUUAAUACUUUUGUCAACAUCUCGUCAUCUCGGGCUUUUGGGCUUUAGCUCUAAUGGCACUUCAGCAAUCCGAGUAUUGAGUUUUCCUGGUUCAAUAAUGAGGAAAAAUACUCACACUUUGUAGUUCACACAAUUACAACCAUCAUUGAUAUUAAUAAAUAAGCCAUAAGGUGCGCCUUGGUCUUAUUUUGUGUAGACUUCACAACUUCCGUUCUGAAGGGUGAUACCCAUUGAUACUACAUUUUGGGAACCCGUUAUAAUCAAUCGUCGCAAAUGCAUUACUAACUUCAUGUUCAUGGCACACAGCACCAUCCUCGGGGCAAAAAUAAUCGAGCGACUUCACUUUCACUAAACUUAGUUUUUCGAGCAGUUCGGCAGUUCGCCUAUUCAGAAAUAAAUAUAAUUAUUUAUUAGUUCAUAAUUAAUUAAUUUAUUAUGAGUUUUGAUGAAUAUGAGACCAUACCAUCAUCUAAUGUGACUGAUCACAUGAUGGCUGGUGCCAUUGCAGGAAUUAUGGAACAUUGUGUAAUGUACCCUCUGGAUUCUGUAAAGACUCGGCUGCAGGCAUUUAUGCCAUCUGGAAAUGUAGGGAAUCGAGGAAUUGGCACUGUUCUUUUCAAUAUGAUAAAACAUGAAGGAUAUUUAAGACCAAUGCGUGGGAUGGGGACAGUAAUUAUAGGUGCUGGACCUGCUCAUGCUCUCUAUUUUGCAUCUUAUGAACAUUUGAAGCAAAAAAUUUCCCAUCAAACACCUUUAAAUAUGACAGUUUCCUCAGGUGUUGCUGGAUGUGUUUCAACUAUUAUACAUGAUGCAAUUAUGACUCCAACAGAUGUUAUUAAACAACGUUUGCAAAUGUCAAACUCACCAUAUAAUGGUAUUUUAAAUUGUGUGAGUUCGAUUUGGAGAACUGAAGGAUUAGGAGCAUUCUAUCGUUCGUACAUGGUACAAUUGUUCAUGAAUGCACCAUUUCAAAUAGUUCAUUUUAUGACCUAUGAGUAUUGUCAAAAUUUUUUGAAUCCAGAUAGGAUAUACAAUCCUUUAUAUCAUAUGAUAUCAGGAGGUGUUGCUGGAGGACUCGCAGCUGCUAUAACAACCCCAUUGGAUGUAUGCAAGACUCUAUUAAAUACUCAAACUACAAAUGUAAGAGUUGAAGGUUUAUUCCGUGCAGUCACAACUGUGUAUACCUUAGGUGGUCCUGGAGGAUUUUUUAGAGGUAUGGUAGCCCGUGUCUUGUAUCAAAUGCCAUCAACAGCCAUAUCCUGGACGACUUAUGAAUUUUUCAAAUUCGUACUAAUGAAGAAAUCAAACAUUUCCGAUGAUCGACCACCUCCUCCACCUCCUCCCGUAAAUUCAGCAUUGAUAAAUGAAAAAAUAACAAAAAAAACUAGCGUUCGGUGUGAUUUGCCUGUAGCCUCAAGAUCACGAAUAUAUAGUCAUUAUACAGUUAGAGAUGAUGGUUCUAAAGGUCAGCAAUUUUAGGUUAGUAUUGAGUUACCUGGUCUAAACUAGUAUAUUGUGGGCAGACAUUAGUUUAUUAUGUAUACAAAUUGUUUUUAAAUUAGGCUUGUUAUUAAUUGCGUUGUGUUGUGUAUCCAGGUUAAAUUUUUAAUUUCAGGUGUUCAGUAUUAAACUAUUAAAUUAUAUAAUGUAUAAAGAAAAAAUAGAAAUUAUAAAACCACAAAGAAGGUAGUAAUCAUGUUUUUAAAAAAUAUGCGGGUUUAUGGCAAAUAUUAAAAUUUAAGAAGAAUUGAUAGUAUAACUACAGAUAUUAUAUUUCUUAAAGUUCAAAAUUAUAACUAUUCAUACUCACUUUAUAUUUUAAACAUUGAUAACUUGGUUAGUGAGCAAAUUAUAUGAUUAGUGUUAUUUGUAUACCUUUAAAUUUUUUCUCUGUCCCAAACUCAAUUCCUAUAAUUAAUUAAAAAAAACUGUAUGUAUCUAUAUAUAUACAUAAUAUAUGCUUUUAUAUAAUAUUAACCAAACAGAUAUAUUGUAUAUAUUAAUGUUAUUUUAUUAGUGUAUAAUAUACAAUAUGUAUAAAUGUAUAUAAUACUAUCUAUGUACAAUAUAUUUAUUUGGUUAAAAUGUAAAAUACGUAUUGACCCUUAUUUUCUAACUCUUAUAACACUGUCAAAAUAGUUAAAAUAAUGUUUCUGUAGAAUAAAUUUAUACCUAGUAGCCUUUAUAUAUGUAUUUAUUAUAUAUAUAAUCAUAUAAACUUUUAUAUUUUGGACAAUUUGACAAAAAGCACAAGCAUAGAAGUUGUCAGUAGAGACAUUUUAUACAUUUUGAGAGACAAUUAUUUGAAACAUAAUAUUUCCUUCUAUACAGUUCAGUCAUAAAUAUUUUUAAGUAAUGAAAUAUUUAAAUGUAUAUAAUUUACACAACAAUUAUGGUCUAUUUUUAGUUAUGAAAGUUAUUUCAAUUAGGUACAAUAAGUUGUAAUUUUUUGCUGUUUUGAUUUUAAUGUAUUAGUAAAGUGUUUCUGUUCAAAAGAUCACUACUAACUUCUUGUAAUCGUUGUUUUUUAUAGUCUCAAGUCUGAAGACAAUUUUUGUAUAGUCUUCUAUUGUGUUAUUUUAGUUGAAUGUAAUACUAACUACUUUCUAAGGUAUCAUUUAAAUAGUUAUUAGUUGUUUUACAGUGUUUAUAACAAUAUUAUUAGGAUCUUGUGUUUUACUAUCCAAGAAUAUAAGUUAUUACUGAUUAAAAUACUUCACUUUACAAUACAAGACAUACCCAUCUUAAAAUGUAUAGACUUGUAAUUUAACAAGUCUAUAUAUGUUUUUUAAAUAUAUAAAAACAAGUUAGGUGUAUUAAAAAUGUUUAAAUGUCUUUUUGUCUGUGAUAUGUUCAUUUAUUUUUAUUUUUAUUAUUAUUAUUACUAUUAUUAUUAAUUUUUGUUAUAUGAUAUGUUUUUGUUAUUAUAACGAUGUUCACUUUGGAGGAAAGUAAUAUCAUUAUGUUAACGUUUGAUAUAAGUAAAUUUGAAAUAAUUUUAUUUUUAUAAAAAAUUAAGAAUGAUAAAAUGCAAUGCGUAUGGUUACAAUAACAAUUAAUAUUAUGAAUAAUAAACGCUUAAAGUGUAAAUGCAAAUUAAUGAAAUUAAAUUGUUACAAUGAUUAAGUUUAUUCAAUAUUUUAUGUACAUCACAAGGUUUUUACUACCAAGUGAUUACUAUUUAUUUUGUAUAUGUACAGUACCUACUAUAUUUAAUAUCCAUAGACAUAGUUACAGCUGAAUAGUAAAUAUUUAAGAAAAUCCAAAUUUUUCCUUGUAAAUCAUCUAGUAUAUGCCUCACAAAAAUGACAUUUCUGUUAACCAUUAUAUUAUAUCAUAAUUCAUCAUGUAAACAACUUAUUGCUCAUUUUAAGCAAAUGUUGUAAACCAAAUAAAACAUACAGACAAUAAAAACACCAUUAUAAUUAUUUUUGUUAUAAUAUAUUGUUAGUAAUUAAAUCCCUCUAAAAUCAUAAACUGUUAUUGAAAAAUAUAGGUAUCAGUUUUUUUUCAAAUGAUGAUACCAACCUAUCUAAAUAUAAACACAUAGAACAAAUAUUAUACUUAUGGUUAUGAUUAUACUUAUAUUUAUGGGAAUCUAUUGUUAUCCCAUUUGUUGUAAAUGUUUAUUUUUUUACUGUUUUGUAUACCAGUAUUAUUUUUACUGGAAGUCUUGGUUGAAGCAACAUUAUAUCUUGGUACAAUUUGUCAGUACAUAUUUUUGAAGUAUGCAUUACGUGUCUUCUUUUGUGAUUGAACAGUUAAAAAAUGAAUUAGGUCCGUGUCAUUCCCCCCCCCCCCUAACAAAUAGUAUUUAAAUACUAGGUAGAUUCCUCCUAAUAUUAUGUUUCAAUGUUGAUGUAUAAUUUGGGGGUUAUUAAAAACUAUUGUUUGUAAAGUGACAUUAAAAUUGAUUCAUAAUUAUUAUUUAUUUAUGUAUAUUUUGGAGAAAUUAAAUUUGGCUAUUCUGGAAUUGGGAGUUCUUGUAUGUGUAUACUUUGCUUAGUGAUAAAUGAUAAUAAAUUACUAUUGAACAAUUUCAAACACGGUUUUCAGAAAAAGAACUGUUGUCCAUGUGGAUCACAAUUCACGAGUAAAUGAUUUAUCUCAAACAUUACGUGAAAACCUCUUCUUGACUUUUCUCGUAUAAGUGUAUAACAUCAAAUGUAAGUGUCUAUACAGAAUAAUGUUACUGAACCCUGUUCGAGGUGGGAAAACAAACAAAUGCAAUACAGUUUUAUAUAAUUAUAUAUAUUUACGUUUUGAUCUUCUUCAUUGAGCCUGUUAUGGUUCACAACUUUGAAGUCAACUUUUUCAACGUGUGCCGUCUCUGUAUUUCACUUUGAAUAAAAGAUACGAUUUGAAGUGAAAUUAACUUCAAAAUGAAAACCACUAUAAAUUGUAGUUUGCGCCCAACACUAAAACGGCUGGUAUUGUUUUGAACUCGAUAUUUUAAACACGAUUUAUUUAAUUUUGUUGUUUAUUGUUGCUGCUGAGGUUUGAAAAUUCACAACUAGGUACUUUUACAAUAUAUGGACACUUUUGCAUUAAAAUGGAUAUCAUCAUUUAUUCUGUACUGAAAAAAUGUGGUUUGUUGAUUCAUAACGCACACUGUACACGUUAUUAUUGUUCCUAUACCUAGGUAUAACUGUUGAGUUGUCGAGCUGUAUAGCCAUUAGUCGUCCGUGACUUACCCCUGACAAUUGUCGCGGGCUGCGAGUCGAUGUGGAUAUUAAUCGCACACCAAUUGCAUCCAGUCGUUUGUCAUUAUGUAGGGUAGUGGUUAUGAUCUGUGGUGCGAUUGGUAGAGCGGAAUCACUCACCCUGAACAUAUUGGCGUCAAGAACGGAUACCUAUAAUAUGUAAUUUUAUUAUAAUAAACUUACCUAGUUAACA